AUGUUUACUACAGAGUGCUGCCAGCAUUAUGUUUACAAUUGGGUCUCUUGGAAACACUAGGGACGAGAGAACAAAGCCUUUGAAUUGGACACAGCCGCAUCGAGUAGGGCAGAAAUCCCCAAACUUGUCGAGAAUGAAUAAGGCAGAGGUUGUGAUUCUGAAUAUUGGGGGGGUGAAGUACUCCACCUCUGCUGGCACCCUCAAGCGGUACCAAGACUCCAAGUUAGCACGCGCGUUGGAAGGAGGUGAUCCUGACUUCCGAAUAGCCAAUGGGCAGAUUUUCGUUGACAGGGAUGGCAGUCUAUUUCGGUACAUUCUGGACUUCUUGAGGACUCGCCAGCUCGACCUUCCUUCUGCUUUCUCCGAUUACGACAGGCUGGCGAGGGAGGCAGAAUUCUACAACUUGCCUUUCUUGGUUGAACUUCUCAACCAGGAUCGGCUGAAGCAAAGGCUCGAGAUCCUGGAAGUGAGAUACUCCCUGCAGGAAACUUACUCCUUCUUCAGAGUAUUCUGUUCCUGUAACAGCACCAUUGAAACAUUAGCCGGACGUAUUAUGGUGUUUGCAGAGCAGCCUGGCCAGAGCUGGGAUCAUUCCUCAGUUCAGAGACCCUUGGUUCCGAUUCCACUACAGAGACCUUCUCACCACGAUCUCGUCUUUCAAUGUGGAACUGAUUAUUCAGCUGGAGACGAGUUCUCAACAAGGUAUGUGUCCAUUCGACCAGAUGAAAGAAAACUUAUCAAUGGCUCGAAUGUCCUGGGAUUACUCAUAGACACUUUACUGAGAGAAGGAUUUUGUCUUAUAAGCACCAGGACAGUCUCUCCCACUGAGAAGAUUGAAUGUUACACAUUCGAACGAAACAGGAGAACUGAGCAUCUCAGCACAUCCAAUGGGCAGGGAGAAGCAAGUACCAAUGUAGUACAUUUUCAAGCAAAAAAAUCACAGUUCAGAAGGAGGUAACACAAUUAGGAACUAUUAAUGAGUUGGAAAACAAGAUUGCAACAG